UGUACACGGUUUGGUCAAGAUGAAAGCCAAUCACAAAGGCAGGUUAAGGAGACCAAGUCCAAAUGGACAAGGUAGAAGCCGCUCCCUUAGCCUGCCCAGGCGCUCCUCUUCUUCUGGGCCUAUGUCUCUUGUGGGCACACAGAACCCUCGCUCAAGUCUUUCCUCAGCACAGCAACAUCGAGCGUCUCUUCAGCGAGCGUCCUACAAGCCGCCCACACCUUGGGAGGCCGCAUCAAGGAGCCCCUUCGGUUCAGUGGACGACGCCUUCUCGAUCCAGAGCGCCUUGUCGCCGAUUGCCUCACGUGUCCAGGCCGCGGGGCCCCGCAGGUCCCUGCCCGAGCCCCCGGAGGAAUGGAAGCGCAGGGUGUCACUUGAUCCACCACUUGCGAGUCAGGGUCACUGUCAUACGGACUCGGCUUACGUGACCUCAGCGCCUAUGAGGGUGAAAUGUGCACGUGACAAAUCAACAGCAGUCUACGGGCCUCCUUUUAGACCAGCCCAGCCACUUAAGUCUGCUGAUAAGCCCAGAAUUAUAUAAGCAGGGUCACACUUUGGGGCAGCACAGUGAAGAAAGUGUUUAACACGUCUGCCUCACAGUUCUGAGGUUCUGGCUUUGAAUCUCGGUUAAGGCCUCCCUCUGUUGAUUUUGCAUGUUCUGCCAGUGCUUCUGUGGGUUUUCUUCCCACAAAAAUGCAUGUUAUGGUCAUUGAAGACCCGAAAUUGUUCAUUUGUCUGAAAAUGUAUGGCUAUCAACGUGCCCUGUGAUUGGCUUAUACAGGGAAAAAAAACAUUUAAAUUGAUUUAGUGUGUUGCUGAUCCGAAAUUACUUUAUGAGCCAUAUUGAAACGCUUCUAGGCAAUAUGUAAUGCUUUAGAUGACUGUCAGAAACAUUUUGCCACUCGUGCUGUUGGUGACACAUGACACUAAACUUUAAUUGCGACGACUGUUACAUAAGCAAUUUUUCAUUUCACCAUUUUUACAGUGCUUCACACAUUUUAAGGUUAUUUCACGUUGGAGUGUUCAAGAGCAGAUAACGUAUAAUGAGUGGACAUUUUACCCCAUUUGUGUGUGACUCUCAUUUUCUAAGAGUGUUUUCUCAACAUGAAAAUGAACCUCGAGUCAGCAUGUUAAGCUUUUAAAAUUGGAUUUAGGAGAGGUGUGUGCGCAUGUGUGUGUUGCAUGCAUAGUCAUCCUUUUUGUGUCACUGAUGUGGAGAAUCACAUGUACAUUGAAA